AUGGCAAAACGUACAAAAAAGGUUGGUAUUGUUGGUAAAUAUGGCACUCGUUAUGGAGCAUCUUUGAGAAAAACUGCUAAGAAGGCAGAGAUCUCUCAACAUGCUAAAUACACUUGCGCUUUUUGUGGAAAGGAAGCAAUGAAACGAUCGUGUGUUGGUAUAUGGCAGUGUAUGAAAUGUCAUAAAAAGGUUGCUGGUGGUGCCUAUGUUUACAGGUUCGUGAUUUUUUUAUUGGUUUUUUUAAUUUCUGCUUUUGUCCGUUUACUUUUAUUUUGGCCCAUUCAAAGUAACCCAAGAGUAAGACAAUUUAGCUAG